AUGCCGCUCUUGAAGCCUGGUCAGCCGAUCCGUACCACUGGCAACAACCUCGUUGGUCUCUGGAGACCAUCUUUUGUUAAAGUCGGCCAUCGUCUCUUUGUGUAUGGUGGAGGUGGUACUGUCACCAAUGAUCUACACGUUCUUAACCUAUGCGACAUGAGAUGGGAUACCAUACAGACUGUGAAAGGCGUACCACCUUGCAAACGUUACGGACAUACGGCAACAUUGUGGAACAAUUGUAUCAUUGUAUUUGGCGGAUGUAACGAAGAUGCAGAAUACUGCAAUGAUGUGCACAUAUUCGAUUUGGACAAAUUGACAUGGUUUCAACCCGAGGUUACCGGCAGUAUCCCGGCACGAUAUCUUCAUAGUGCUGCCGUCUUUGACAACAAGUUAUUUGUGUACGGAGGUUUUGCAAAGAAUUCAGAUUGCACUUACGUAUUGGAUGAGUUGAGUGUCCUCGAUCUAAAGACAUUUACAUGGACGAAAUACAAUGGAGUGCCACCACGCUACAAUCAUUCAGCUACUCUGAUAGGCCACAAAAUGUACAUUUACGCUGGCAAGGAUGAGCAUGGUAACACAGUCUCCGAUCUCUUUGUCAUCAAUGUCAAUGCUCCACCUUAUACACCCCACCUCGUUCUCAGUGGAUUCCAAUCAAGUGCAAGUUCUCACAUGGUGCUCUUGAAGAGUCAACACUUUUGUGAAGCUGUGUGUGGAAAGCUGCUUGUAUUCGGACGUUAUUUGGCACAUGGCGUACAACACCAUCCUCAAGCAAGCCCUGAAUCGGUGUACGGAUUAUGGAUGCUGGAUUUGGACACUUUGGAAUGGCAACGACAGGAAUGCAACGCCAAUUUCGAUGUGGGAGGUUGGAACUACUUUACGGUGAUCAGUGAAAAUAUUCCGCCUGCCGGCAUAGGACAAGAGGAAGCUUCUCAAGUCGUUGUCAACAACCUCUUUUUCCUUGGAAACACGGAUCCUUUCCGUCCACAAGGCUAUGAUCAUUUUAGAGAUGCACUUGUAAUCAACGCCGAAUCACUUGGACUCUACGACAUACCACCACCCCAUUUCUCGCAUGAAUUUGCUCAGCUACUCAACAACCCUGAAUUAUCUGAUUUCGUUAUUGUGCCGUCGAACGGCCAAGAGCUCCAUGUACAUCAAGUCAUUCUUAUCACGCGCUGGCCGCACUUUAGGAACAUAUACAAGAGUGGCAUGAUCGAAGCUCAACGAAGGAGGAUGGAAAUCCCAGAACCCUACGAGAUUGUCCUUGCAUUCCUCAAAUACCUCUACAGCGAUCGACUUGAUGAGAACGAACCUUGGCAUGUCGUAUGCGAAGUAUUGGUCGUAGCCAACAUGUAUCUACUCAACAGACUGAAAAAGAUAUGCUGCGAAAGGCUUUUCAGGCAUCACAUGACCGUUGAAAGCUGUGGAUUAAUCUUUGAAAAAGCUAUCAUGGCCGAGGAGACGGGUCUCAAGAUGUUGGCUCUCGACUUUAUGUUCCGAAAUUAUGGCUCUGUUCUCAAAUCGGAUGUUCUCCUGCAAAUGCCACCGACCAUAAGGCAAGAAUUCCUUGAAGCCGUACCCGAUGAAGCCGUUCUUGAAGUCAGCAAUCGUUCCUCCUUUCGAACUCUCCCUCCCCCAACCAAAUGCUCUGGUCCUUUCAUCGCAAUGAGUCACAAAUCUACCUAG